CCCAGGAAGUCAUGGAAGCGGAUGGGGCCGUGCGUGGUGUCCGCCUCGAAGUUGGGCGCCUCGUCCCCCAGCAGCAGUCCCGGCAUGGCUGCAGCUCCCUGUGCGAUUCCCGGGGUGCGAUUCUCGGGGUGCGAUUCCCGGUGCAAUUCCAGGUGUGCAAUUCCCGGUGUGCGAUUCCCGGUACAGCUCCCGGGGUGCAAUUCCCGGCGCCGCCCGCUCUGCGCCUGCGCGGGCCCCGCCCCCGCGGUCACGUGACGGGCUGAGGGGCCGCGGCCGUGAUGGCGACCUACGUGAGCGAGCUGGAGGCGGCCAAGAAGAGCCUGAGCGAGGCGCUGGGCGAGAACGUGAAGCAGUACUGGGCCAACCUGAAGCUCUGGUUCAAGCAGAAGAUCAGUAAGGAGGAGUUUGACCUAGAAGCACGCAGGCUUCUCACGCAAGACAAUGUCCACUCUCACAAUGAUUUCCUCCUGGCUAUUCUCACCCGAUGCCAGAUCUUGGUCUCUGCCCCAGAAGGUGCUGGAUCUCUGCCAUGGCCAGGUGGCUCUGCAACUAAACCUGGAAAACCCAAAGGGAAGAAAAAGAUUUCUUCGGUUCGCCAAAAGUUUGAUCACCGGUUCCAGCCUCAGAACCCACUGUCAGGAGCCCAGCAGUUUGUGGCAAAGGAUCCUCAGGAGGAUGAUGAUUUGAAGCUGUGCUCUCACACCAUGAUGCUCCCAACACGUGGCCAGCUGGAAGGAAGGAUGAUUGUCACUGCCUAUGAGCAUGGGCUGGACAAUGUCACCGAGGAGGCAGUGACAGCAGUUGUUUAUGCUGUGGAGAACCACCUUAAGGACAUCCUGACCUCUGUGAUAUCCAGGAGGAAAGCCUAUCGUCUGAGGGAUGGCCAUUUCAAGUAUGCCUUUGGCAGCAAUGUCAACCCUCAGCCAUAUCUGAAGAACAGUGUUGUUGCUUACAACAAUUUAAUUGAGUGCCCCCCGAGCAGCGCGGCGCCCUCGGCGGGUCAGAGCCUGGCCCCUCCACCCGCUCCUGACGAUGCUGAGCAGCAGGCAGCCCUGCUCCUGGCCUGCUCUGGGGACACCCUGCCAGCUUCCCUGCCUCCAGUCAACAUGUACGACCUCUUUGAGGCACUGCAGGUGCACAAAGAAGUGAUCCCUGCACACACAGUCUAUGCACUCAACAUUGAGAGGAUUGUCAUGAAACUCUGGCACCCCAACCACGAGGAGCUACAGCAGGACAAGAUCCAUCGGCAGCGCCUGGCAACGAAGGAGGGCCUCCUGCUCUGCUAGAGCUGCAGCUGGGCAGCUCUGCCAGCCCUCAGGUGCCUCCAGCCUGCUCCUGGGACUUGUCAUUCCAAACCUGUGUCAGCAUCUCCAGGAUGAUGUGAUUUAUGAGUCAGCUUUUCCUAUGGAAAUGGGACUGAGUUGUGGGACACUUCUCUGCUUGCCCAGAGUCAUGUGCCAUGUGGAGUACUCGCAGCAAUGCCACUGAAUUGGAAAGGAGAAAUGAGACACUUUUGCAAGGACUGUUUUUAGGAAAAAUAAAUGUGGGAGUGGAAAGAGUUGGUUUUAAAUAAGGUUUACCUUUGUCUUCUUUUGUGAGCAUGGAGAAUCUGCCUCCAUGCCCUCCCCUCUCAGGUAGGUUCCCUCCUGAGCUCAGACUCCAGAGGCCUUGUCCAGCUUCUGUUGCAGCCUGUGGGAUCCUUUUCAUUAAUUGGUUAUGGGAUGGGCUCUUGUGAAGAUGAGCAGUUCUCUAAGCUGACGUUGUUCCUCUUCUAUCAGGGGAACUUCUGAUUAGAAACUGUGACGAAACAAGGCAAAAAGGGAAUUCUCUUGGUUUUGGAGACUCCUUGGAUUUGCAGCAUGAGCAAAUAUCUCCUAUCACUUCCUUGUAAAAAUACGCAGCCUUGUAUUAUCAUUAUGAAAUUAUGCAACCACACCUCUCCACAUGGGAGAUGUGCAGAUCACUGUGUAAAAGGAGAAGUUCCACCUUCUGGGUUUUAGAUGCUCUGCUGUAUCCCUGAGUCAACUGUGGGAAUUACCUUAUUAUAACAAGAAAAUUCCAUUGAAGUAUCUUAAUUACUACAUGGCCUGGCUUUGACCUUAAACAUGGAGGUACCUGCUGAAGUGUGACUCACUCACUGUGCCUCCAGAUAAAUGGAAUUGAAACAGCUGCUUCUGGGGGAUAUGAAAGGGGAAGCUCAUGGUUCCACGUCAUUCUGGUUUUCCACUUUGGAAUGUAUUUAGAUGGGAGAUUUGUCAUAUUUCUUGAAGUUUUUUUCUCUGCUGUACCCCCAGGACUGAGGAGAGUGCAGCUCCCUGAUGUUUCUUCCCAGUUACUGUUUUUAUAACUUCCUUUCCUGUCCCCUGUCACAGUUGAUGUUGCACCAGCAUUGUCCCUGUAUUCCUGGCUUUCCUGCGUGCCCUUUGGGACCUGCUGUGGAGUCAGGCAUAGCAAGAGGCAGUGUCUGGGCAGGUAUUGGUGUUCUCUUCAUUACAAGAUCAUUUCAGGAUUAUGAAGAAACUGGGAAAGGCAAGGAUACAGAACUGCAGCAGGGCCUGGCAGGAUGGGAGCAGUUGUAGGUGGGUCUGGCAGUGUAUGGUUAUGAGGGGAGUGGGGCAGAAAAUAUGGAUGAUUUCUUUUAGUCCUC